GACGCGGUUCAGCGCAAACCAACUGCAUCUUGGGUCUCCUGGUCCUGUUCUAAGCCAGAGACUACCCUUGGACUCCCCACGACCGUAUUGGCUGCUUAUUCUGGAACGACCUGUAUUCACGCUACUUCUCGAGGUUGACAUUCUCAGGCUCGGCUUACGGCGUCUCCGGCAAAGUCAACUAACACGACUGCGGAAGCAUCUUGGCGGGGUAUCCUCUUUCAACGACGCGGAUCUGACGAACGCUUACGACCUUCACCUCUACACGACCUCAUAACGACGCUUCCGCGAGGCUAUGCGCAUUAGGACCUCACAAUGUGUGGCCCCGCGUUGCUCAUGUUUAUGGCGACUGUCGCCGCUCUAGUACUUCUAGUGCUCGUAAUAUUCUCCACGCCUUUCAUACAGCAGUUCUACUUCCUGCGAUCAGAGGCGGCAGGCGGAAUUCGCUUUGGGGUGGUGGGAUUUUGCCUAGAACUGACAGGCAUAUGUACCAAGCAAAUUGGAUAUAACCUGGACGAUAUCUUGAUAAAACCACUUCCCAUGCUAUUAGUACUGUAUCCCGUUGCCGCGGGACUCACCCUACUAGGAGCCUUCACGCUCCUCCCCAUCUUCUUCUCACACCACCGUCACCCACCAAGAUGGCCUUACAUCCUGUUCGCGCUAGUAUCCACGCUAGCCUUCCUAGCCGCUGCCGCAGCGCUUGCGGUCUCUGUGUACCUCUUCACGAAAGUGAGGGACCACUUCCACGCCCAACAUGUCGAGGCCGCUUAUGGACCGUCGAUAUGGAUGGCCGUCGCAGCCACAGCAGUCCUUCUCGUCGUCGCGCUGAACGCCGGCUGUGGGACCUGCCUGGGUGGCAGGUUUGGACGGCAGGCUCGGCACCACGUUUAUACGUACUGAGUGACGAUAGUGGCUGCCGCUCAGGGCUAGAGAACUGCCUUUUCUCUCCCUCAUGAUGCCGCUCGGGGACGCGCGACACCACUCUCCGGCCCUCUGGCUAACUUAUUGCUGAUCUAAGUUUCGGGGUUUCGAGUUCAAUGGAUCGGGUAGGGAAACGCCCGUCUUCGUCGUAUGUAGCGCUGCUAUGGUUUGCUCCUUCGGUGAUGCACUACGUACACUCAAUUUGUACUGAAUUUGAUAGAACAUGAAGGAUGGAACACCACAUCCUUGUCACUCAC